AUGCGCAUUUCUCUUUUGAGCCUCUUCAUACUCCCUCUCGCCCUUUCUGCACCUUCUCCUCAACCUGCCAAUUCCCCAGGUAAAACACUCCAUCAAGCAACAAGGAAAUCCGUCAUCGAUGCUAUGCGACGUGAAGCUCUCGGUCUUCGUAGACGACAAACUACAAACGCGCCUUAUCCCGUUUGUCCAGGUGAACAAGGUCCCGACGCUACGUAUACGUUCGCAUGGGCCGUAUACCCCAAUACGUUAGGAACUUACGAACCGUUCACCGAUCAAAUUUCAUCUACGGAAACGACUUCUUUGGAUAAUUGUAUCUCGGCUUGUGAAGGUUAUAGCAAUUGUAUAGAUAUCAGUUGGAGACCAGCUGCCAAUCCUAAUUGUUAUCUUCUAUCUGCUAUUCAAACCAAUUUACAGGAAUUUGACGGUCUUACAGCCGUUUUCCGCGAUACGGAUUGUGCAGGUAUGGCCGCUAGUGCAAAUGGUCGGGCGUGUUGUAAUAUCUACACUACUACAGAGUAG